AGCGUCGGCGGGUUUAGCCUUCAGCUGUCGUCCGCUGCUAGCUGAUGUGUAGCUAUAGUUAUUGCCUCCCAGUGGUGGAAAAAGUAUUCAAAUCUUUCAACGAUUCCUUGAGUGGUUUGAGAGCUCCGAGUGGCCCUCAAGGCAGCAUGGCCCCCAAGGACAUCAUGACCAAUUCCCAUGCCAAAUCCAUCCUUAAUGCCAUGAACUCUCUCCGCAAGAGCAGCACACUCUGCGAUAUAACACUAAGGGUGGAAAAUGCUGAUUUUCCAGCUCACCGGAUUGUCUUAGCAGCCUGCAGUGACUAUUUCUGUGCCAUGUUUACCAGUGAGCUUGCAGAGAAGGGCAAAUCCUUCGUGGACAUCCAGGGGCUGAGUGCGUCGACUAUGGAGAUCUUGUUGGACUUUGUCUACACAGAGACGGUGCUGGUGACGGUGGAGAACGUGCAAGAGCUGCUCCCUGCGGCAUGCUUGCUGCAACUUAAAGGGGUGAAAAGAGCAUGUUGCGAUUUUUUGGAGAGCCAACUCGAUCCAUCCAAUUGUCUGGGUAUCCGUGACUUUGCCGAAACACACAAUUGCCUCGACCUGAUGCAAGCCGCCGAGCUCUUUUCCCAGAAGCAUUUCUCUGAGGUGGUUCAGCAUGAAGAGUUCAUGCUGCUGAGCCAGACAGAAGUGGAGAAGCUCAUAAAAUGUGACGAAAUCCAAGUGGACUCAGAGGAGCCUGUGUUCGAAGCGGUGCUAAACUGGGUCAAACAUAACCGAAAAGAGAGAGAGCCUUAUUUGCCAGACAUGCUGGAGUUUGUCCGAAUGCCGUUGCUGACCCCCCGCUACAUCACAGAUGUCAUCGAUGCGGAGCCCCUGAUACGCUGCAGUCUGCCCUGUCGCGACCUUGUUGAUGAAGCCAAGAAAUUUCACCUCAGGCCGGAGUUGAGGAGCGAGAUGCAAGGCCCGCGCACGCAAGCGAGAUUAGGUGCCAAAGAAGUCCUGCUGGUGAUCGGCGGCUUUGGCAGCCAGCAGUCGCCAAUUGACAUCGUGGAGAAAUAUGACCCGAAAACUCAGGAGUGGACCUUCCUCCCGAACAUCGCGAGGAAACGGCGCUACGUUGCCACGGUGUCUCUCCACGAUCGAGUCUACGUGAUUGGAGGUUUUGACGGACGGUCCAGACUCAGUUCCGUGGAGUGUCUGGACUACACGGCGGACGAGGAUGGCGUCUGGUACACCGUCGCCACCAUGAAUGUGCGCCGUGGCCUGGCUGGAGCCACAACCCUUGGAGACAUGAUCUAUGUUGCCGGCGGCUUUGACGGCAGCCGACGCCACACCAGCAUGGAGCGAUAUGACCCAAACAUCGACCAGUGGAGCAUGCUGGGAGAUAUGCAGACAGCUCGAGAAGGCGCCGGUCUGGUGGUGGCCAGCGGUCUGAUAUAUUGUCUCGGAGGCUACGAUGGACUUAAUAUACUGAAUUCAGUGGAGCGGUACGACCCCCACACAGGCCACUGGACGAGUGUCACCCCGAUGGCCACCAAGCGCUCAGGGGCAGGCGUGGCUUUACUCAAUGACCACAUCUAUGUGGUGGGAGGCUUUGACGGGGUUUCCCACCUUGAUUCUGUUGAGGUCUAUAACAUCAGAACCGACUUUUGGACCACUGUGGCCAGCAUGACCACACCUCGAUGCUACGUGGGAGCGACUGUCCUCAGAGGACGACUGUAUGCCAUCGCCGGAUAUGACGGCAACUCUCUUCUCAGCAGUAUUGAAUGUUACGAUCCCGUGAUUGAUUCCUGGGAGGUGGUUACCUCCAUGGUGACGCAGCGGUGCGACGCAGGAGUCUGUGUUCUACGAGAAAAGUGACCUCGGCUUGAGAACUGCGUGAGCCGCAAGAGGGACGGCGCCGUGA